AUGUACCCCUACUCCAGUUCAGUCGACGCUCAGCGACGAUCUCAGACACAGGCACGCGACAAUUACAGUGCCGUUGCUAUCCCUGGUCUACAGUCGAUGCCUAUGCCCUCCACGCCACCGGGUUGCACUCCGUCGUACAAGCUUCCCCACGAGAUACAGACCCCGCCCGUUGCAGGAACAUCGUGUCGGCCGUCUGGGAUGCUUUGCGCCCCGCCCACUGAGUGUUCCCAUGUGUACGGCGACAGCUUCGCUACUCUCAACGGAGUCGACUCCUGCCAGUGCUCGGAGUGUUCGGCGCUCCCAGCAUCUGCGUUUAACUAUGGACACCCUGGAUGUUCUUGCCCACGACUCAGUACUCCUGCCGCAAGCUAUCGCCAGGAAGGUUGCUGCGGCGGAGGUCAUGGGGAACCGAAUGCAGCUCCCAUUGACGGAGCCGCGUAUAUACCCGCGUACCUACCGAGCAGUGGCUACGCCACCUCAAUGGCAGACGUGUUCGUACAACCUGCUCUCCCCCUCCGCACGAUGUAUACUCAUAUCUCGCUGGCACCUGUUUUAGGACGUACUGCGUGA